AUGUCUGGCAUCCCAGCAAACAACAGGGGGAGGAACAGCAUUGGAUACCUGUUCUGGCUUUUGUCCAGGAUAGUUCUGCAGCAGAUGAGGGGCACUAUCCUCCCUGGGCACAAGUGGGAAGUCAUGGUUGAUCUGUUCUUCUACAUAGACCUAGAGGAAGCAAAGGUGCAGGAGGAGGAAGCUGUCGUGGCCCCUGAGUUUGCUGCAAUCACUGAUUAUACCGUACUAUGA